AACUAACCCCAUGCAUUUCUAUGGAGGAUUUUUUGAGUGAUGUGACUAUGCCCAAGGGAUAUCACCGGGCACCCUCUCUAAUCUUAUUGAGUUACCCCUUGACAACAAGAAACAGCAAAAAAACAGGUUCACCUAAAUUAUGGCAUUGGGCUGCCGGACUAUAUGGUAUAUUUUUGAUGACGUGAUUGACAGUAAUAUUUAAGACCUGUGGCUUUCUAAAGAAAAUGACAAUCUAUGCAUCAUGGAAAAGUGCAUGAACGAACCAGGAUCAUGUCGAUGUCCCACCUGUAUGGGCGUAGAGAGGAGGAGGAGGAUGGGGUGGAAAUUGAGAAGUUUGAGAUCUCGGAGUGGGACCUGGCCAACGAGUUCAACCCUGAGCGCCGGCGCCACAAGCAGACCAAAGAGGAAGCGACUUAUGGCAUCUGGGCUGAGCACGACUCUGAUGAGGAGCGGCCAAGUUUCGGCGGGAAAAGAAGCAAGGAUUACUCGGCACCUGUGAGCUUUGUGAGUGCUGGGAUUCGUAAGACUGCAGCAGAAGAGAAGCAGGAACAGGGCUCAGAUGAAUCAGACGCCGACGGAGAAGCUCCCCCAGCUCCCCCACCUUCUCGUGCUGCCGCACCCAAGAAAUUACAAACUGGUAGCAACUUCAAGAGUUCCCAGAGGGGGUUUGCUGGGAACAUCAGGCCCGGCCAGGACUUGGGCACGUGGGAGAAGCACACUCGAGGAAUCGGACAGAAGCUCCUGCAGAAGAUGGGUUACGUAGCAGGCCAGGGCCUGGGGAAGAACGCCCAGGGUAUUGUGAACCCAAUUGAGGCCAAGGUCAGAAAAGGCAAAGGAGCCGUGGGGGCCUAUGGCCGGGAGCGGACCCAGCAGUCCCUGCAAGACUUCCCCGUGGUAGAUUCUGAAGAAGAGGAGGAGAAGGAGUUCCAGAAGGAGCUCGGGCAGUGGCGUCGAGAGCCAGGCGUGGGGAAGAAGAAGCCAAAGUACUCCUACAGAACCGUGGAGGAGCUGAAGGCUCAUGGGAAGGUGUCGGACAGGGGCAUGGUCACUCCAGCUGGAGAGCUGGCCAAGGUCAAGGUGAUCGAUAUGACUGGCAGGGAGCAGAGGGUCUACUACAGCUACAGUCAGAUGAGCCAGAAGCACAGCGUGCCUGAGGAACCCACGCUGAGUGAAGCCGUACGGGAGCAGAAGCCCUCGGGCUUCGCCCUGCCAGAACUCGAGCACAACCUCAAGCUGCUCAUCGAGCUAACUGAACAGGAGAUCCUACAGAGUGCGCGUCAGCUGCAGCACGAGCGUGACACGGUGGUGUCUCUGUCCCAUGAGAGCAGCGUGCUGCAGGAGCGGCUGAGUGAGGAGGACGCGGCUCUGAGGCGGCUGGAGGAGGUGCUGGAGCUGGUGGAGCGCUUCGAGGCCGGGGAAGGCCACGGUGACCAGCCUAUCACGCUGCAGGAGUGCGCCGAGGUCUUUGAGAAGCUGCAGACUGGUUUCUACCAGGAGUACAAGACCCUGGGGCUGUCCGACCUGGCAGUGUCAGUGCUCCACCCCUUACUGAAGGGGAAGCUUAGCAGUUGGAAUCCUUUAAAGGACUGCUCUUACGGACUGGAGGAGGUGGGCCAGUGGAGAGCCAUACUAGAGUCGGGCCAGAUGCAUCAUGGCGCACCUGACGCCUCCAAUAUGGACCCCUACCACAGGUUGCUAUGGGAGGUGUGGCUCCCUGUGAUGAGGACCGCGGUGACCCAGUGGCAGCCCAGGAACGUGGGGCCCAUGGUGGACUGCAUAGAGUGCUGGGCCCCCAUUCUGCCGCUCUGGAUCCUCGAUCAUGUCUUGGAGCAGCUCAUAUUCCCCAGGCUACAAAGAGAGGUGGAGAGCUGGAACCCGCUGACCGACACAGUGCCCAUCCACGCCUGGCUGCACCCAUGGCUGCCUCUCCUGCAGGGCCGCCUGGAGCCGCUGUACCCGCCUAUCCGCAGCAAGCUGGCCAACGCCCUGCAGCGCUGGCACCCCAGCGACGGCUCUGCCCGCCUCAUCCUGCAGCCCUGGAAGGACGUGUUCACGCCUGGCGCCUGGGAGGCCUUCAUGGUCAAGAACAUUGUACCCAAGCUAGAACUGUGUCUGUCCGAGUUGGUGGUCAACCCGCACCAGCAGCACAUGGACCCGUUUCACUGGGUGAUGGACUGGGAGGGUAUGCUCUCGCCCUCUUGCAUGGUCGGCUUGCUCGACAAGAACUUCUUCCGCAAAUGGCUGCAGGUGCUGUGCUCUUGGCUCAGUAACAGUCCUAACUAUGAGGAGAUCACCAAGUGGUAUCUGGGCUGGAAGUCCAUGUUCUCAGAUACACUGCUGGCUCAGCCGCUGGUGAAGGACAAGUUCAACGAGGCCCUGGACAUCAUGAACAGAGCCGUGUCCUCCGGCAUAGGUGACUACAUGCAGCCAGGUGCGCGUGAGAAUAUCGCUUACCUCACACACACGGAGCGUCGGAGGGACUUCCAGUACCGUGCUGCCCAGGAGCGGCAGGAGGCGGAGAGCGCGGCCCAGAGGGGCAUCGGUGCCAUGGCCGUGCCCACCAACUUCAAGGACCUGGUGCAGGCCAAGGCCGUGGAGAACGGCAUCGUCUUCCUGCCCCUGGUGGGCCGGCGGCACGAGGGCAAGCAGCUGUACACGCUCGGCCGCAUCACGGUCUACAUCGACCGCGGCGUGGUGUUCGUGCAGGGCGAGAGGACCUGGGUGCCCACCUCCCUCCAGAGCAUCAUCGACAUGGCCAAGUAGCGAGACAGACGAAGAAAGGCCUGAGGCUUGGUGUAUGUAUGUGUUGGUGUUACAUAGAACGCUGCAGCUCGUACUGUUUUUAUACAGUUUGUAAAUGUGAACCCUCUUACAGAAACAGAAUUAUGAUUUCUAAUAAAUCGCUUCUUUGAUAUAUAAA